UUAACUAAAAGAGGAAGAAGCGGCCAACGCAAAUGUGAAGAGGGAAAUUUAAAAGUGGUCGACGUCAAUAAACAAAACACGCCCUGAAAACGAGGAGAAAACGACAACAAAAUGACGGAAAGGUCACAACUCGUAUGCUGAAUUUCAAACAUCUUAUCGGAUUGAUUGGACAAAUGUGACCUUUGACCCUGGAGGCUGUGCACCCAUUGAACAGCAUGAAGAAAGUCAGACACUCGCAGGAAGUGGUAACCGGCAGCAAAAUGGUGGACAAGUGUUGUGUUCUGUGCAGAACCUCAGAGGACAAUCCAGCCUUUUUUGGGGAGAAAAUCACAGUGCAGGAGCACAACAUCUCUGUGCACUACUUCUGUCUGCUGACGUCCUGUGGUGUCUACCAGCGAGGCGAGGACAACGAGGGCGUGUUUGGUUUCCUGGUGAACGACAUCAAGCGGGAGAUUCGACGCUCAGCCCGACUUACAUGUUGUGCGUGUAAGAAGAAAGGCGCAUGCGUGGGCUGUUAUGUGAAAAGUUGCAGAAAGAUGGUCCACUUCCCGUGUGGACGCAAGAGUAACUUCAUAUCCCAGUUUACUGAGAACUUCCCGUCUUACUGCUCUGACCACAGCCCCUCCCAGUCUGUGUGCGUGACCUCUGACCUCAGUCUCCCACAGUCAUGCUCCGUGUGUUUGGACCGCCUGGAGCCGGUCCUGUCUUACGACGUUCUCAAGUGUCCGUCCUGCCACAGCAGCUGGUUCCACCGAGACUGCGUGCAGCGCCACGCGCACAGCGCCGGCCUGUUCUUCUUCAGAUGCACGCUGUGUAACAACAAGGACGAAUACCAGGAAGAGAUGCUGCGGAUGGGAAUAUACAUCCCGGAGAGAGAUGCAUCCUGGGAGUUGGAGGCCAACGCCUACACGGAGCUGCUGGAGGUCUACAUGAACUGUGACGCCGACUUCUGCCUCGGCAACAACGGACGUGCACACUCUGCUAAGGCUGGGUGGUUUGAGGUAAUCCGGUGUCGGCUGUGUGGAUCCAGAGGGACUCACAGGAAGUGUUCUGGACUUAAGCUGGACACCAGAGAUUGGGCUUGUCCCGAAUGCUCCAAAGCCACCGACGGCAAAGCCUCCCUGGUUGCAUCUCCUCAGCGCGUUCCAAGGAGACGCCUGCUGUCCAAACGUCGCCAGCCCUCAGCUCCGUCACCCAUCAGCAGCAAAAGGCCAUCCUUACCAGCGGCGUCGGGAUCUCCCGAAGAGCUCCUGCGGGCUUUAGCCCCACCGCGCUGCCACCCUCGGGCUGGGCUCCAGGUGGUGGUGAGCGGGGACCAAGCGCUAUCUGCUGCUCUGGAGCUGGUCAGGAGGCCGGACUUUGACCCCACACUCCACCUGUCCGUCAGGUUCAAAGACGAGCAGCAGAAGUUUCCCAACAGCCCUUGGAGCAGCGACAUGGCCAGGCAGUACUUCUACAAGCUUCUGGUGCAGCAGAUUCAGGACUCGGCGCUGUUUGAGGGUCCGGAUGGAUGUAAAAACCUGGCGCUUGACUCUCAGGCUCUUCGGGAUGACUUGUACUUUGACGCCGGCUGCCUGCUGGCUCUCGCUGUGGUGUGCGGCAGGUCGCAAGUGAGCUUUUUCUCCCGCGCUCUCUAUCAAUGCUUGUUCAACUUCCCACCCAAUCGCUCACUCGGCGUUGCUCACAUGACCCGGGACGCGCACCUGAGCCACCAAGUCCGCAGGAUUGCCAACGCAGACUCGAUGGACGAGCUCAGGGACGCCAUGGCGGCCAGCAGGGAUUUCCUUGACCUGGCGGGCUGCAGGCAACCAAUCAGAAGCCUGCAGGAAAAAGAUGCCCUGGUGGAGGAUCUUGUGAGCUUCGCGUUGAUCACCAGGAUGCAGCUCCCCCUGCAGAGGUUUCGGGAAGGCCUGCAGACUCUUGGCGUCUUUGAGCAGGUGCAGCUUUUCCCAUCUGUCUUGUGCAGCGUCUUCUGCGAGGCUGAGAUCCAGCUGUCGGCGCAGAUGCUCUCUGAGCUCUUCGUCGCCAGUUUCUCACCGCAGGAAGAGCGCGUGAACAGCGAGACGGCUGUGGUCAGCUUCUGGAGACACUUCCUGUUUGAGUGCGAAGUCGGGCGGAGCUCCGUGUCCCUGCAGGAUCUCCUACACUUCAGCACAAGAACCGAGAGGCUCCCGGCUGCCGGUUUGGUCCCCCCUCCCUCCAUCUCCUUCAUCCACCCUCCGAGAUCCACCCACUGCGAUAAGAAGGGACGUGCGGAGGAGGGCGUCUUCCCGCAGAGCAAGCCUGACAAGAACCUCCUCCUGCUGCCUGUCACCUCCUCUUAUGGGGUGUUCAAAAGCUCCAUGGAGCAGGCCAUCAGCCACCACAUGCACCUCCUGCCCAACGCAAUGUAGAGUCCGAGUCAGGAGUCUGGUAAAUGAAAGACAAUAAGCAAAACACAAACAUGAAAGCAACAUUAUUACUUUUAUUUUGAAAUGUUUCUUUGUUCUUAUCAAUGUAUGCGUCUCUUUGUUUUUUUAAUAUGCAAACGUGACUUUGUGGCUUAAUGUUGUCUUAAUGUCAUGUGAUCAUCAUUUACUUUCAUUCAAUGAACACUGUCUUUAGACAUUUAUUCAACAAAUAUAUACAAUAUUUUAGACUAUAAACAUAAACGAAAACUGAAAAAUAUCGGUCUCAAGAAGCUAGUAGCGAUCCUAAGAUAUUUGAAUCAGUAGCUAGCAUAAAGUUUAGGACAAUUCCAAGGGCCAUUAACUGACGGG